UAUGACAGGCUUCAAAGACUACACCUAUGUAAAUCAUAUAGCUCCAAUCAACUUUUGAGGGGCUUCUGUUCCCAGAUUUUUAUUCUUGUUAUUUUUCUUGACUCAGUUAUCGAGAACUUCCUGUUGUGAUCAAGAUUAUGAGAUCGAUUCGCAAUCGCAAAGCCGAUAUUCAGAAGGAGAUAACACUGUUGUCCGAAGUCCAUGAUCGAUCAAUAGUGAAGUUUAUCGGAGCUUCAGAUCACCCACCUUUCGUCAUACUCACUGAGUUGAUGCAGGGUGGAUCUUUGAGAGACUAUCUUCAGAGCUUAAGACCUGGUAGGAUUGAUCCUAAGCAGGCCAUUCGAUAUUCACUUGAGAUAGCGAAGGCAAUGCAUUUUCUCCACGAGAGAAACAUUGUCCAUAGAGAUUUGCAUCCUGGAAAUGUUCUUUUCACUAGAUCUCAAGAGAGGUUGAAGGUGGACUUUGGGGAAGCUUGGGGGAAGAGUCUAAGAGAAAAGCUCAACUUCGAAAAUAAAUCACUUGCAUGGGUGGCUCCUGAGGUAAGAAUCAUAUUUGAAAAUACAAAGCUUUGUUGUGCCUUUAAGUUUAAUGACAAUAUUUCUGCUUGUGUCUUGUCAGCUUUUUCAAGAGGAAGAGCAUAA